AUGCAGGGAAUUCUCAAAAACAGCCCUGCAAGUUGUGGCAAGAGUCGCCGUUCUGGGGGAGGAGGCUGCCGGGCAGGAUGGAGGCUGCACGCCGAGGAGCCGACGCCAUCCUGUGGCUGCCACUGCCGGGCUCCACAUCGCCUCCCUGUGGGCGUCCCAAGCCAACAACCUAGAGGCACCAUCUUCUUUCUGGAGCCCCUGGAGUACGAGGGUCGCGAGCUCGCCGUGCGCCUUGGACUAGCGCCCUUCGGAGGCGCGGCCUGCCGGCCCGGAACCCACCUGGGCGCUGCGGUCUGCGCCGGGCUUAGAAAAAUUGACGUGGAGCGCAUAGAACUUUUGGAAGAAGCCAAGAAGAUGGAAAUGGCCAAGUUCCGCUACAUCCUGCCAGUGUAUGGCAUCUGCAGGGAGCCCGUGGGGCUGGUCAUGGAGUACAUGGAGACGGGCUCCCUGGAGAAACUGCUGGCCUCAGAGCCACUGCCUUGGGACCUGCGCUUCCGCAUCAUCCAUGAGACCGCAGUGGGCAUGAACUUCCUUCACUGCAUGAGCCCACCGCUGCUGCACCUGGACCUCAAGCCUGCCAACAUCCUGCUGGAUGCACACUACCACGUCAAGAUUUCCGAUUUUGGGCUGGCCAAGUGUAACGGACUAUCCCAUUCACAUGACCUCAGCAUGGACGGCCUGUUUGGCACAAUCGCCUACCUCCCUCCAGAGCGCAUCCGGGAGAAGAGCCGGCUCUUUGACACCAAGCACGAUGUGUACAGCUUUGCCAUUGUUAUCUGGGGUGUGCUUACACAGAAGAAACCAUUUGCAGAUGAGAAGAACAUCCUGCACAUUAUGGUCAAAGUGGUGAAGGGCCACCGCCCAGAGCUGCCACCUGUGUGCAGACCGCGGCCACGUGCCUGCAGCCACCUGCUGCACCUCAUGCAGAGGUGCUGGCACGAGGACCCGCGGGCACGGCCCACAUUCCAAGCUAAGAGGAAGCUCAGAAUAACCAAGUGCCUGUCCCGGUCGGUGGUGAAUGCUGUGCUGGGCGCCAGCUAG